GCGGAAGCUGACUGCUGCACUAUUCCUGAGUGAGAGCUGACCCAUUACUAAAGUAGUUUUUUUUUGUGUUUUGUUUAAAUCUAUUAAGUGCCUAUCCGUUCAUCUUUUUAUAAAUGGAAGGCGGUUCUACACCGAAGAAAAAUGAACAUAUGGCUACCCGAAAACGAAAAAGGAAGGAAAUAUCAAACAGUAAGAUUCCUAACAUCGAGGAGAUCAGCUCUGAGUCUUGUCUAGACCAGCCAGGCGAUCAAAGUGUGCAUGAAGUCAUAUCUUAUAAACCAUCAACAUUACCAGGAAGCCACUAUGAUCCUGACACAACUGAGCCCAUUAGUGGCAGUCUGAAGUCCCUUGAUGAGCUGUUGUCAUGGAAACGAAAUGAAGCAAGCCCCUUUAACGUGGCCACUGUGCCUCUGGCUAGCAGGUAUCCUCCACUGGCCAGCUGCCCCAGAAGGACAUUGGUGUCCCAUGACUUGAUGGGGGGCUACCUGGAGGACAGGUUCAUUCAAGGCGCAGAGGUGGAGAUGCCAUACGCCUUCUAUCAUUGGGACUACAUUGACAUCUUUAACUACUUCAGUCAUCAGAUGGUAACCAUUCCUCCAGCAGUGUGGACUAAUGCCGCACAUAAGCAUGGAGUGCUCUCUAUAGGUACAUUAAUCACAGAGUGGACAGAUGGAGAAAAGAUAUGUGAGACCUUCCUUGCAGAUGAGGAGACUUACCGUGCAGCUGCCGAUAAGCUGGUUCAGAUCUCCCACUGCUAUUGCUUUGACGGGUGGCUCAUUAACAUAGAAAAUGUGCUGAGUCAAACUGCAGUGAAGAAUACUGCUCCCUUUCUGCGGUACCUCACAGACCAGAUGCAUGAGCGUGUUCCAGGCAGUGUGGUCAUCUGGUAUGACAGUGUUCUGAAGAACGGCUCACUGAAUUGGCAGAAUGAACUCAAUGAUGAUAACAGAAUAUUUUUUGAUGCAUGCGAUGGAAUUUUCACAAACUACAACUGGACAGAGCAGAGCCUGGAGUGGAUGAAGUCCUACUCUGCCGCUCAGGGCCGCUUGGCUGAUAUCUAUGUUGGUGUUGAUGUGUUUGCAAGAGGGAAGGUGAUCGGAGGGAAGUUUGAGACCAAUAAGGCUCUGGAGCUGAUUCGCAAGUAUGAACUUUCAACUGCUAUCUUUGCUCCUGGUUGGGUGUACGAAUGCCACGAAAAGGCAGAUUUUCGCCAAAACCAGGAAAAAUUUUGGAGUUUGCUGUCGGAUUACCUUUAUAUCCACCGUCCGUCCUCCAGUCUUCCAUUCAUUUCCUCAUUCUGUCAGGGCUUUGGAAAAAGCCUCUAUUGGAAAGGACAGGUGGAGAUGGAGAGAAGCUGGUUCAAUCUGAAUGCUCAGGAGAUCCAGCCUCUGUACCUCUCUGAGACCAUCGAGAAAGGGGGCUGGCUGAAAACUCGUGGCUGCUCAGAGGAGGCUUGGAUAGGAGGCAGCUCUCUGAUGGUGGAGGGUAUAAUUCCAUCUGGACUUCCUGAAGUCUGUGCAAGGAUAUUUUCUCUCCAUGUUCCCUUGGCUGCCAGAACUUUUGUGUCUUUUGUCUACAAGCCACCUGUGGGGGUGAAAGUGUCCCUGGAGCUCAAAACAAUAGAUGUUCCUUUGUGCACUUUUGAUGGGACAGAGGAAAUACCAUCUACCAGUGUCUUUCCAGAAGUGUUAGCGGAGGAUAACCAGCUGGUUGCAAAGUUCACACAGAGUUGUGGCCAGUGGGCUUUAGAUGGCUGGACUACCCGAUGUUUCCUGUUGAAAACGAUUGGCUGCUCAUUGCGAGAAGUGUGUAUUCGUGUAUCUCGUGAUGAAGGAGAUGAAGAUGUCUCUUUCAGCUGCAGGAUUGGAGAGAUGAUGCUGCUGGACGCAGAGAGUCUUCAACCCCCCCUGGAGUCUGUUCAAGGAAUCUGUGUGAAUGAUGUGGUGUGGCAGACGGGUGCUUUGAAGGGAGAUGGACAAACAUUGAAGGUCCUCUUGAAUGCCACCUUACGUUGGCAAUAUCCCAACCAGCUUGUCCGCCAUUUCCGGAUACACUGGAGGCGUCUUCGGGGUCCUGACCCUCGGAUUCCCCCUGGACCCCUGACCCUAAUAGGCAGAUCUUACUCAAGCUUGUACCGUGUGGUGGAGCUGGAAGUUCCUGCUGCUCCAGGCCUCAUUGAGCUGGUGGUAGAGCCGGUCACCAGAGAGGGAUUCAUACUACCUGAGGUCCACUGGGGCCGACGCACACUCAGCUACAGUGAGAGCUCCACAGAGAACCAAUGAACAUUAAACACUAUUGCUCAAAUGCCUUAAAACUCCACAACUGACAUGCAUUAACAAUAAUCUCUCCUCUUCAAUAUGCCAUGGAAUAGGGCAUGAGUUGGUGCUUAAAGGGAAAUUCUGUCAUUAUUACCUCCCCUAAUAUCACUCCAAACCCAUAUCACUUUCUUUUUUUUCUUUCUGUGGAACAUAGAAGGAACAUUUUUAAAAAGUCUUGGCAGAGUUUAUUUGCCAUAAUGCAAGUUAUUAGUGACUUCAGUCUGUCAAGCUAAAAAAAAAAAAAAGGACAUAAAGAACACCAAGAAACCACAGUAAAAGCAAUCGAUA